AUGGGACCCAGAAACCAAACAGUAUUUUCAGAAUUCUUUCUCUUGGGACUGACAGAGGAUCCAGAACUGCAGUCCCUACUCUUCAGCCUGUUCCUGUCCAUAUACCUGGCCACCAUCCUGGGAAACGGGCUCAUCAUCCUGGCUGUCAUCUGUGACUCCCACCUCCACACUCCCAUGUACUUCUUCCUCUCCAACCUGUCCUUUACUGACAUCUGUUUAAGUACAACCACCAUCCCAAAGAUGCUGGUGAACAUCCAAGCACAGAGUCACAGCAUCAGUUACACAGGCUGCCUCACCCAGGUCUGCUUUGUCUUGACUUUUGUUGGUUUAGAAAAUUUUCUCCUUGCAGCAAUGGCCUAUGACCGCUAUGUGGCGAUCUGCCAUCCCCUGAGGUACACCGUUAUCAUGAACCCCCAACUCUAUGGCUUGCUGAUGGUACUCUCACUGCUCAUUAGCAUUGUCAACGCCCUGCUCCACAGUCUGAUGGUGCUACAGUUAUCCUUCUGUAAGGACGUGGACAUCCCCCACUUCUUCUGUGAGCUUGGUCAGAUUGUCAAGCUUGCCUGCUCUGAUACUCUCAUCAAUGAUAUUCUGGCAUAUUUUGCAGCUGGCUUAUUUGGGGGUGUUCCUCUCUCUGGAAUUAUUUUCUCUUAUACCCAAAUCUUCUCCUCUGUUUUGAGAAUGCCAUCAGCGGGCAGGAAAUAUAAAGCUUUCUCCACCUGUGGCUCUCACUUGUCCGUUGUGUCCUUCUUCUAUGGGACAGCUUUUGGAGUAUACAUUAGUUCUGCACUUAGUGACUCUUCCAGGAAGACUGCCAUGGCUUCAGUGAUGUACAUCGUGAUUCCUCAAAUGAUGAACCCCUUUAUCUACAGUCUGAGAAACAGUGACAUGCAGGGUGCCUUGAAGAAACUUUUCAGUAGGAUACCUUCCUUUCUGUGA